AUGGCCUCAACAACGACUGUCGUGGAUGAUCUUAGGGAAUGGUUUCAGGACUUUGAAGACCUGGGCGGCGGUUGGACGCCGAACACCUGGGACUUCUACAACUCUUACCUCUUCUGCUUGACCAUCACCGCGUUCAAUGGACUAUGGUACUUCGAGCCCGCCACUUCAGGUGGCAAACUUGCGCUCGUCCUGUGGGGGGCGCCCGCCCUCGUAAUUGGCGUCAUGGGCGGCAUGGUCAUGGCCCGGGUGCUUUACCUUGCCUUGUUUAAUCAUCUCCGCGUGUGGUCGUGCUUCACGCCGGUCGGCUCAAUGUGGGAACGCGCAAGGCUGUGCGAGGCCUCGUUUAGCAAGUGGCGAGACCAGGUGCACUUCACGUGCAAGUACCUGCUGCUCAUUCUGCUGCUCAUUCUGACCAUCCACGACCCCGGCGACGACUUCAAGAGAAACUCGCUUGGCGAAAAUCUCUACUUUUCAUUUGGGCCUGCGCCCGAGUCGAACGACAGGCGGCACGCGAAGACUGGUUGCAAUCCCGCCGACCGCGAGGCCGCGGGAUGA